GAGGUCUCUCUUGAGGACUGAGAGAGAAUUAGGAUUCAUGUACUAGAGCUUGAGAAGGGACCACUUUGGAGUUUUCUCUUUUCCUACUAGUCAUUUUGUAGACUCGUUUUAGAAGUCUCUGCACAAGGUCUUGGCAGACCUCCUGGAUGCCAUGCUGGGGAACCUGCUGGCAGUGUCCCCAGACACAGGCUGCAAUACAUCUUGGAGGAGUAUGGAGAGGAUGGGACACAGCAUGUCAACUUCUGCAUCAGGUCCAGAGUGUCCCUCCCAGGAGAGAACCAGUGCCAUAAGGAGCAGCAAAGCCCCACUCUGAUUCACCAUCACCCUCCAUGAAUUUGAUAACAAAGAAGACAAAAGGUUGAAGAGUACUUGUUAAGAAAAAAGGCCAUUUCUGGAUUGCUCAUACAGGAGAAGCGGACAAAUAUCAGCAAUAACAGAACUGGGAAAGCAGCUAGUGAUAAACCAGAAGACAAAAUAAAGGUCUUAAAAUCUGCUAAGCAGAAAAUGGAAGAUAAAGAAAAUGCUACUAGACCUCCAUGGACUCAAUCAAACACUCUGAAAAAAAGCACUGCUUCAAAGGAUGAAACCUUGAAAACCACUACCAUAUUGACAAACUCAACUGUAGGAACAAAUUGCAGUCCUGAAGAUUUUAGUUCAGCUAUUAACACUUUCAAAGAUGAAGCUGUUGAAAUAAAAACGUAUCGUGUGUCAUUUAGCCAGUCCUUCCUGCACAAAAGAAACAACAAAGAAAAGCAACUGAUUGCAGACAAGCAGAACUCUGUCAGCCUGCCAAAGAAACACGUGCCUGGCUCAUAUUGUGGCAAGGUUAUCCCAUCAAAGAUAAACUCCUUCCGAAAAACACUAGAAAAUGAGGAUGCAAAGAGUUCUUUGGCAAACAAGAAACCUGUAGCUCCUGCCACCAAACCAGCAGUGAGACCAUCAUCCACCAGCAGCAAUAAUGCAGUCAUAAAUAAUAUUAGAGCCACAAAUUUGGCUAGUGCUGCUAAACCUAUACAUGCCACCCCCUUUCAGAAGAGACCACCUGUGAGGGCUUCUCAUAUCACCCACUCAAAGUCCAUCCAGAACAAGGAGAAACAAAUAGUCACAAGUGUGUCUGCAAAUAAUAUGACUGUCCAGAAAAAGCCUGAUAGAAGUGGGUCACCAUCAUUAAAGACAGCUCUUCACAAUGCUAAGCCCCGUUCUGUGCCUGGGACAAAGAGAACUGAGGUUCCACUCAGAGAUGUCAGAUUAGGAACUUCAGCAAAGUCUAUUUCUGUAACCUGUGGUACCAAGGCCACCCAGGAUUCAAAAGCUGGCAACAGAAAAUAUGUUCUGCCAAAAGAAUCAACAGAAGAGAGAAGAAUUCGUCUGGCUGAAUGGAAGGUAACCAAAGGAAAAGUGACAAAGAGGCCAUCAUCUACUGUGCUACAAGUAGCCCAGCCUGAGAGACAGACAUCACAAGAAACUCCAAAAGAACCAGUUGAGUCUUUCUGGGUUACCAUAUUAGAAGAGGAUGAGCAAAGAUUAUUCGGCGAAAAUGUCAACAAAAGUCUUGCGGAAUAUCUACAUUUAACAGAACAGGGUUUUCCUGGGGAUCAAGUACGUGCAAUGCUGGAAGAGCUGAUUCAGAGUGCUCCAGAUGCGAAAAAACUUGCAAAAUACUGGGUGUGUCGCAUGCGUCUUGAACAGCUGGGCCCAAUUGAAAAGAUCAUGGCUGUUUAUGAGGAGGCUAUUCUGGCAGGAGCACAGCCUAAGGAUGAGUUACGACACACAGUAGCAGAUAUUAUGAAGAAUAGUGAAAAUCUAAAGUCAGUUGUUGAGAAAUGUGUGAAGGAAGAGGUUAUCGGCAAAGAAGCUAACUCUUCAGUAGAGAAUGUAGAGGAAGUCUUCAAAGAGCUCAACUUUAAUGAUGAAGAGAAGGCAGAGAUUAGCAAUGAAGUGAUCAAGAAAGAGGAAACAGAUUCAUCCUUGAAGUCAAGACAAGAGACCUUAGCUAAAGAAAGUAAAAAGCACAGAACAAAGUAUAAGGAACAAACUAAGAAGUCUGAAAACUACAAAACUGAAGAUACAAUAAAAGAUGCAAACUUAGAAUUUAAGACUCCUGAAAAAGAAAAGGAGGAGUCUUAUUUAAUUAGAUACAGUUUGUCAACCACUCCAUACUUAGAAAGCAUGAAGAAGAAGAUGCAGUGUGAGGCAAAUGACUCUGCUGUUAAAGAUAUAAAAUUCUUGACCCCUGUGAGGCGUUCUCGUCGCUUUCAGGAGAAGUUGUGCAAGUUACCAGAUAUGUUAAAGGAUCAUGAUCCCUGUGUUUCUUCACUUGAACAGCUGGGAGAACUCAGAGCUGUAAACAGUGCCUUUAUCUACAGACAGAACAGUGCACUACAAAAACCUAUUUCUCACCUGGAAGAGCAAGAAAAGUAGUAACUUUAGUGGGGAAGGCUUUACAAAUCCUCUUAGAUAAGUUUGAUUCAUUCCUGGUUUUGCAAUUGGUGUAUUCGGUUUUAGAUACACAGCUGGCUUAGUAACUUCAAGGUUUUAAGAUGGUACGAGCAAAUUCCAUAUGGCUUAUUUUGGAGUACAGCAGUUGCAGAAUCAAGUAUAGUGCAAACUUCUCUGUUUUAUUUGAGGAAGAACUUAAAAUAUUUUAACUGUCACUUUUAUUUCAUGAGGUUUUUUCUUAAGCUUUGUAGCUAAUAUGUAGUGUUGGUUUGUUUUGUAUUGUAAAUAUGUCUUGUUAAAUGUUGCAUUGAAUACUAAUUAGGGAAUGGAUUUAACAUACUAAUAACCUUGUAAUGGAUGUCUAGCCAUGAUGACCCCUUCUCCCCCCCUUAUAAGCUAAAUAGUUUAAAAAUUCACACAAUUUACAUUCUUGCUCUUAAAAGAAAACAUAAAAAUGAUGAUCAAUGAGGGGUAUGUAUUGAUGUGUAAUAGAUUUGCUGAACUGGAAAACUGAAACCAAAUACUAUUUUUUUUUUUCUAUGAGCAAAUGGUGAACUUCAAAAUAGCUACUACAUGCAGUUUCCAUUUCAGAGUCUGAUCCAGUAAAGCACUUGAAUAGUCCCCUUGAUUAGUGUAUUGAAACUUUUUAAUAUAGGCUUGUAUUAAGCAAUCUGUAACAGAAGACUUUCUAUAAAACUUACCAAUUCAUCUUA